GCACACUGAUGCAACUUUUCAUUAAAACGGCUGGCGGCCAGACGGUGGCCGUACGCGUCUCCGCUGAGGAGACGGUGGCCUCGCUGCGGAACGCGGCAGGCGUCUCGCGGGGCAGCCUCUUCUUCGGUGGUGCCUACCUGGAAGACGAAGCGGCUUUGUCCUCCUUCGGCCUGGUGUCCGGCUCUACAGUGCAGGAAAUCGUUCCAGUGGAAGGUGGUAAGGGUAAGAAGAAAAAGAAGCGUGUCUUCACAAAGCCAAAGAAGCCUACCCACAAGCACAAGCUUGAGAAGAUGCGCGCGCUCAAGUACUUCAAGGUCAUCGAGAACGACGACGGUUCCUUUUCGGUGGAGCGAACCCGCCAGGAGUGCCCCCACCCACACUGCGGCGCCAGCAUCUUCAUGGCGCAGCACAAGGACCGUAAGUACUGCGGGAAGUGUCACCUGACCUACAAGGAGGAAAGCAAGUAACAACAUACUGUGCGUAAUUUUUUUUUCAGCAUUCUAUUACUCCUUUUCCAUGUCAAGUUCCUCUACAUUUUGCAUUCGUUGUGUUGCAAAACAUUCGUUUUACUCUGAGUUGCUUUUAUUUGGAAAAAAAAAUUAUGGCAUUUUUUAAUGUUAUUUUCUAACCCGAUGGAUCAUGUUUCGAGCUAUGCGGGGUUAUUAAUUUUUUAUCCACA